AUGGGAAGAGUGCAUCCAUGGAUCGAUGACUGGGAUGAUGACCAGCCCAAGAAGGAAGCAGAGCCCUUGAGCUACAGCUUGGCAGAGAAGUUUGCCGUCGUUGGGGUGCUUGAGACUAUGACUAUCGGCACGCUGAUCUUUGCCGUCCGAAGGAGCAAGUUCCUUCAGAGAAGAGACCUUACGCCAAGGCAAGUGAAUGCAUCGCUUCUGGGCGCUUUCCUGCUCGCACCGGCUUUUAUCCUCAUCCAGAAGGCUUACUAUGACACGCUGAUCGAGUUCCGCGGGCUAAAGCCCGAGCAGCAGAGCAUUGGAAGCUACCUGAACCUGUCCUUGUUGUCGCCAACAAAGUUGACCUGGGACUACGACAAGGUCGUAGCAAUGCCCAAGGUGAAUCCAACCUUGCAUGACACCUGGAAGUGGCAUGAUGAUGAGUGA